UGAGAGAACAGUUUUGACACAAAUAGCUUUACAGGACUUAUAUUAAAUGAUACGUAUUAACAAUCUAGUUACUACGUGUUACUGCAAGCAAGCGUUGAGUUAAAUAUAAUUGUUUCCAAAUUAUAUUACGUUUUAAAAUGCCUCAAGGUAGAAGAAAAGUACCAUUUAGCGGCAAAGCUAAAAAAUUGCAACUACAAAUGAAACGACAAGGCCAAACCUCAAAAUCUUCUGUUCUACUGAAAACAACACAAAGCCAAAGCGAGGAUGAUUCAAAUUGUCAAAAAAUUGAUUUCCACGCUUCUCAAAAUAACAGAAACACAAGCAGAUAUGCGUUGAAGUUCAACAAGACUGCUCUGGAAAUAAGAGAUCAUAAAGCUUUGGAAAUCGAAGAACACGAUUAUUUUAAGAACUUGGAUUUUCCUAAAAGACCACCUUGGAACUACAAUAUGAGCUUAGAAGAAAUACAGAAAAGUGAACACAGAUAUUUCACAGAGUAUGUUACCGAGUUGGAAAAGAGCCAUGAAAAUUUAAGUUACUUUGAAUUAAACUUGGAAACUUGGCGUCAACUUUGGAGAGUGCUAGAAAUGUCUGAUAUUAUAUUAACAAUUACUGAUAUCAGAUAUCCCUCACUGAUGUUUCCUCCAUAUUUAUAUGAAUAUGUAACAAAGGAGCUAAAAAAGCAAAUGAUAUUUAUACUGAACAAAGUAGAUUUGGUCCCUGCUCCGUUAGUUUGCGCAUGGUACAACCAUUUCAAAGACAAGUACCCUGAAAUGCAUAUAUUGCUGUUUACGUCUUAUCCGGGUUAUAAUGUUGUCAGAGGUUCAGCUAAAAAAACUGGUUUGAAAUCCCGUAAGCUCAAAGGCAGGCCCCAAAUGUCGACAGAAGGUGCUGAGUGCUUGUUGGCAGCUUGCAAAACAAUUGUUAAAGAUGCUGUCGAUUUAUCAAGUUGGGAACAAAAAAUUAAAGAAGAAAAGAAUUCUUCAAGCAACUCCGAAGAGCUAGAAAUAGAAACGGUGAUAAAUCAACAGACCCAAGACACUGCUUUUGUUGAGCAUGAGCUGUACAAGAAUGGUAUUUUAACUAUAGGCUGUAUCGGUCAACCGAAUGUUGGAAAAUCAUCUUUGAUGAAUGCAUUGAUGGGCAAAAAGGUAGUGAGUGUCUCAAAGACUCCGGGGCACACUAAACAUUUUCAAACAAUUUUUCUGACAGAUACUGUCAGACUUUGCGAUUGUCCAGGUUUAGUGUUCCCUUCGUUGGUUCCACGAUACAUUCAGGUGCUUAUGGGGUCAUAUCCGAUUUCUCAAUUGCGUGAAACGUUUAGCACUUUGAGAUUUGUUGCAGAAAGGUUAGAUUUACCUAAAUUAUUGCAUUUAAUUCACCCCGAUGGAGACGAGGAAUGGUCUCCUUACAACAUUUGUGAAGCAUGGGCUAUUAAACGAGGAUUCCUGACAGCACGUGCUGCAAGACCUGAUAUUCAUCGAGCUGGUAUCAAUUUGUUGCAGAUGUGUUUAAGCGGUGUUAUUUGUUUGAAGCUAAAGCCACCACAUUAUGAAGAAAUGAAAGGGCAAUGGGAAGUCCACAAAGAUUUGCCAGAAAUACAUAAAAUUCAAGCAAGAACGAACCAGCCAGAAGUUGAUGACGAAAUUGACUUUGAAGACUUUUCUGAAGACGAUGAGGUCAACGAUGAAACCAAAACCAUACCCAAAGAUCAAAAUGCCGAUGAAGACAGCUCUGAUUCGGAACUUCCUGCUAUUCAAAAUAAAUUUGCAGCUUUAAUGGACUGA